GUCAGCGCGGUGCAGGCGAACCGGAGCCCCGGGAAGCGUGCGCAGGGCCUUCUCCUUCCUCUUGGCUCUGAAAUCCAGUGGGAGGCCAUUGCUAUAGCAACAGGCACAGGCCCUGGCUUUACCUCAUCAAAUUCCAGCCCGACGCCAAAGCGAUUGAGAAAUUUAAAAAAAAAAAAAAGGAAAAAAUGUAUUCCAGAUGUUUACUUUUUGUUCCCUGUUUUUCCGUGUUUGGAUGGAGGCAGCUCUGACAGGCUCUUGAGGGAGGGCUGGGGUCUGCUGCAUGUGAUGAAUUUAUCCGCUCUCAGGGAAAGCUCCCCCAUGGCUUCCCGCCCCCCCCAAGAGAUGGAGGAGGAGCUGCCGCCGGCUGGCCCGGAGCCAGGGGACUCACGGGCCAAGCCCCCAGUCAAGCCCAAGCCGGAGCCCCGGACGCUGCCAGCCAAGCCGGCUCUGCCAGCCAAACCCAGCCUGUUGGUGCCAGUGGGGCCAAGACCCCCCCGGGGUCCCUUGGCCGAGCUGCCUUCUGCCAGGAAAAUGAACAUGCUGGCAGGACCACAGCCCUAUGGUGGCAGCAAGCGCCCCUUGGCCUUCUCUCCCCAGCCAGCCGCUGACGCGCCGUCUGCUGGGGCUGGCCCUCGGGAGGCCAGCAAGGAUGAAGGGCCUCUCACCACCCCUUCGCCCCGAGGCUCCGUCACUGCAGGGGUCCGAAAGGCUCCCGCUCCUUUCCGCCCCUUGUCUGACCGAUUCUCUACCAGCACUGUGGAAGAGAUCUUGGCCAAGAUGGAACAGCCCCGAAAAGAGGGCCCCUCCAGUCCUGACCGGCUCUGGGGCUCUCGCCUCACCUUCAGCCAGGACGGUAGCUCCCACUACGGCCCAAGGGCCUAUGGCUCGGUUCAGAGCCCCGCAGAUGAGGAGAUGUCAGCACAGAGCAUCUCCAGGGACCCGUCCCAGGAAGAGCAGGUGAAGCUUGGGGAGGGGCAGCGAGAGGAAGGCCAGAGUUCAUCUGGACAGCGCCCUGCGGAAGCCCAAGUGCUCCGGCCUGGAGCAUCCAGCUGGAUGCGGGAGGAGAGGCUUGUCUCCUCCGACCUGGCAUCCAACGGAGAGCUGGCAGGUGCAGCGUUACCCCCCGAACUCUCCAAGUCUUCGGCCCAUCCGUGUGUUGUUCCUCCAGACCCACUGGGUUCCGGGCCUUGUGAUCCCUCCCCUAGCCCUCUGGGGGCUCCAGGAUCACAGGACCCGGCCCCCUCUGCUGAGGGACCCUCUGCAUCCCAGAGCCCAGUCCUCCCCACAGAGAAGUCACCUGAACCCCUAAAAUCAUUCAGCCCAUCCUGCACACCAGGGGAGGCCCCUGGGUCUCCCAGAUCAGUCCUCUCCCCCGAGAAGACUUCCACCCCUCCAGAGGCCCCAGGGUCCCCCGGGCCAGAGCAUUCCCAGGUUACCCCUCCCCAGAUUCCUCCUUCAGGGGGUCAGUUUUUGGAGCACUCUAGAACAUUUCCCAUGGAGCAAAAGGAGCAGGGUGGAGAGUCAAGCCUCCGGCUCCCCCACCUAGAACAGCGGCGUUUCUCAGAAGGUGUGCUAAGGCCCCCCAACCAAGAGCAGAAGAAGCUAGGGGGGUCUCUGGCUGCCUUGCCUCAGGGCCAGGGAGAAGGAGGUGGCUUGGAGCAGCCCUUUGGGAGUGGGACAGAGUCCAACUGGAGCUUGUCACAGUCCUUUGAAUGGACCUUCCCCACUCGGCCUUCAGGCCUGGGCGUGUGGCGGCUCGAGUCCCCACCACCCUCCCCCAUCACCGAAGCCGACGACUCGGGGCUCUCUGAGGGAGAGGGGGAAGGGGCCGAUGGCGAUCGGAGCGCCAGGCCAGCGAGGCCUGCCUCCUGGGCCCAGAGUGAGAGCAUUCCCCAGAAGGUCCUCCGGAACCAGCAGGCCGAUGGCAGAAGCCCAGCUUCCUCUGGUCCCUUGGCAGGUCUUCAGCCCAAAGGCCACGCUUCCCCAAGACCGUCCCUGCUACAAGCAGAGGAGGUAGCGGGGAUGGAGGAGCCCCCGGCCGGACUGGAGACCCCUCUCCCUCCCACUCCGGAGGAGGAGGCGGCCUUGCCCAUCCUGGAGCCCGUCCGGGAGCAGGAACCCCCCCUUCCCCCAGCUCAGUCCUGCAUCUUGUUUGCCGAUGCCCCUGGCCCUGAGCGGGCCACCCCCUCCCAGGAGGACGCCCCAGACCUGGCAAAAGCAGAGACCAGCCUGACCAGGCCUGAGGGAGGGGACCCGGAGGUGAGGGGGUCCUCACCCGAAAUGAGGGCCCCUGAAAAUGAUGCCGGCUGGCUGGACAAGCUCCUGGCCUCCCCACCUCCCAGUGCCAAUGGUGCCCGGAAGACGACUCUACCUGAGCAGAGUGAGACUCCACUGCCCAGUGCCAGCCCUGAGGGGCUCCUGGGAUGGGCUCAGAAAGACCUGAAAAGUGAAUUUGGUAUUGGUGUAGACUCACACCCUAGCACCUUCAGCCCCUCUUCCACCUGGGCCAGAGAAGGCACCGGGGGCUAUGGCCUUGGGGGCUCAGCUUCCAGUGAGAGGGAUUGGGUCAUUGAUGAUGGCUGCAUAGGGGCAACACCGAGCCAUCGGGAGUGGAGCAAUACCUAUGGCAUAGGCCAGCCAGGGACGCAGGAAGAGUUUGAUACCAGCGGUGGAAACCGAAGCGGGGAGCUUGUCCUAGGAGGGGAUGUGAUGACCAAGGAAUAUGGGAAGGCAGAUCAGCUUGGGACUUACAGUAGUCAGGCUGCUGACCUACAGGACCGGGAAUUUGGGAAGAGAGACUCGCUUGGGACUUACAGUAGUCAAGCAGCUGACCUACAGGACCGGGAAUUUGGGAAGAGAGACUCGCUUGGGACUUACAGUAGUCAGGCUGCUGACCUACAGGACCGGGAAUUUGGGAAGAGAGACUCGCUUGGGACUUACAGUAGUCAGGCUGCUGAAUUACAAGACCGGGAAUUUGGGAAGAGAGACUUGCUUGGGACUUACAGUAACCAAGCUGCUGACCUACAGGACCGGGAAUUUGGGAAGAGAGACUCGCUUGGGACUUACACUAACCAAGAUGCUGAAUUACAAGACCGGGAAUUUGGGAAGAGAGACUCAGUUGGGACUUACAGUAACCAAGCUGCUGACCUACAGGACCGGGAAUUUGGGAAGAGAGACUCGCUUGGGACUUACACUAACCAAGAUGCUGAAUUACAAGACCGGGAAUUUGGGAAGAGAGACUCAGUUGGGACUUAUAGUAGCCAGGCUGCUGAAUUACAAGACUGGGAGUUUGGGAAGAGAGACUCGCUUGGGACUUACGGUAGCCAGGCUGCUGAAUUACAGGACCGAGAAUUUGGGAAGAGAGACUCUGUUGGGACUUACAGUAGCCAGGCUGUUGAAUUACAGGACCGAGAAUUUGAGAAGAGAGACCCAGUUGGGGCUUACAGUAGCCAGGCUGUCGAAUUACAAGAUCAGGAAUUUGGGAAGAGAGACUCACGUGGGACUUAUAGUAUCCAGGAUGCUGAUCUCCAUGCUCGGGAGUUUGAGAAGAGCAACUGGAUGAGUGAAUAUGGUGGCAGCAGCAAGAGAGCCGCAGAUUGUCUGGAAAGAGCCUUUGGAGAGACAGAGCUGAGUGGGGUGUUCCGUAUGGGACAUUCGCAGCAGCAGAAUAAAGAGUUUGGGAAGAAAGAUCAAAGUGCCAGUUCUAGCUCUGGAGAGAUGUUGGCGAAAGAGCCAGAGGGCUCAUGUGGCCCUAAUACUUCCAAUUUACAGGACCAAGAUCUUGGAGAAGGAGACUUGAGCAGUUGGCCCAAGAUCAAUGGCUCUCAUCAUCAGGGAGAGCUGGGGAAGAAGGAUCCAGCUGGGACUUACAGGAGCAAUGAUGUCACGCGCCAUUCUAGGGAAUUUGGAGAAAAAGAUUGGCCCAGUCAAUUUGGCCAACAAGACAUGAGUCAUUCAGAGAGGGAAUUUGGUCUGGGGAGACGAGAUUGGACCAGUGACUUCCGAAUCGAAGGCACAGAUAAGAGUGACCAAUUUGGUAUCAUUGGUACCGACCGAGGCAACUGCUCAGGCCUGGGCAUUCUCAGUGAUUCAGAGAAGAUGGGAAGCGCCAACUUUGUGUCUUCUGGGAAGAUGAGGAUGGGGCAGACCCAAUGGACUGAUGAUUUGGGCCUCAGGAACUUAGAUGUGUCUGGUUGUUUGGAAUCAGAAGGGUUGAGGGAGGCCCGAGAGCAUGGAGUUGGACAGACCGACUGGUCGUCUGACCUGGGCUUGAGAAACAUGAACGUGCCCAGUGGCUUAGGGAAUGGAGGGCCAGGGGAAUCCCGGGAGCUUGGAGUAGGACAGAAAGACUGGACCCCCGAUCUUGGACUGAGGAACAUAGAUGUCUCAGGGGUCCUGGAGUCAGCAGGGCCCAGCGAGGCUAGAGAGUGCGGGGUAGGACAGAUGGACUGGGUUCACAGCCUUGGGCUGAGGACUGUGGAAGCAGCCGAUGACGCGAAACCCGGAGAGUCUCUGGUGUCGAGGGAGCAUGGAGUGGGGCAGGCGGACUGGACGGCUGACCUCAAGCUGAGAAGCUCAGACCUGGGGCCUGGGGGCAGCCUCAGAGAGCACGGGGUAGGACAGAUGGACUGGGCCCACGAUCUGGGCUUGAGGAACAUGAAUCUCUCCAAUCCGCUGCAGUCUGGAGCUUCCGGUGAGGCACGAGAAUGUGGAGUCGGACAGAUGGACUGGCAGAACGAUUUGGGGCUCCGGAACACUGACCUUUCCGGGGGCUUGCGAGAGCAUGGGGUUGGCCAGGUGGACUGGUCUCAGGAGGCGGACCUUGCGGGCCCCACUUUAUCCAGUGGCCUGGAGGCCGGGGAGCCUUCAGAAGCUCGGGAGCUGGGAGUCGGAGAGGUGAGCCAGCCCGGCAUUUCGGAUUAUGGCGGCGACUACUCACAGCCUUUGGAGACUAGCGCGUCUGAUGUCGGGAUGGACUUGGGAGAAACCACGAUCUCAGGAACCAGCUCCAGCGGGUGCCUGGCCCGGUCUCCUCCGUCUGGCUCUCAGGGCCUCCUGCAAGACAUGUUGGCCACCAGCAACUUGAGAGCAUCUGCCAGCCGAGAGAAGGCGGCCUCGGGCCCCAGGGGCCAGCCGGAAGAGGAGGAGGAGGAGGAGGAGGAGCAAACGGUGGCAGAUGAUGAUGAAGAGGAGGAGCCGGAGCUCAGGGGGGACCCUCUGCCUUCCUGCCGGCCCCAGCCUGACGGCGAGGCCAGCCGGGCAGAGGAGGUGGAUGGUGGCUGGGGCUCCCGGGGGGAUGGCCCCGCUGCGCCCAGCCUGCUCCCAGGGCCUCCUUCCAACUUGUCCAGCCAGGACUUUUCCUUUAUAGAGGACACAGAAGUUCUAGACAGUGCCAUGUAUCGGAGCCGUGCCAAUUUGGGCCGCAAGCGUGGACACCGAGCCCCAGCCAUCCGCCCUGGGGGAACCCUGGGGCUUUCGGAGGCCGAUAACGACUCCUGGAUCUUCCAAGAUUCCACAGAGCCACGGGCAUCUCGGAUGCCAUCUUCAGAUGACGAGGUGGUGGAGGAGCCUCAGAGCCGCCGCACACGGAUGUCCCUGGGCACCAAGGGCCUGAAAGUCAAUCUCUUCCCUGGCCUGAGCCCCUCCGCUCUCAAGGCUAAGCUGCGUCCCCGAAACCGUUCAGCCGAGGAAGGGGAGCAGGUGGAGAGCAAGUCAGCCCAGAAGGAGUCUGCCGUCCAGCGCUCCAAGUCCUGCAAGGUCCCCGGCCUCGGGAAGCCCCUCGCAUUACCUCCCAAGCCAGAGAAAUCCUCAGGGUCCGAAGGGUCAUCCCCCACCUGGCUACAGGCAUUGAAGCUGAAAAAGAAGCGGGUCUGAGGUGACGCUUCAGAGGUGGUUCCUGUGCAUCCUCUGAAGGGGCCCAGGCCUGUGAGGCUCCAGCCCAAGCAAGGCUGUGGCCCCGCCCCCCUGGCACAUUUAUGCACUUUGUACCCCCGCCCCCUACUCCCGCCCCCUACCCCCCCCCAUGCUGUCUGUGGUUGCCGGUGUUGGCCCCGCCCUCCCUCAGGCCCCCUCCCUGUCCUUCCCACCCCCGCCCACCUUUGGGUUUUCUUUUGAUACCACUUUAUAGCAUUUUGAUAAAAGCCUCAGAUUUUUUGUAAUGGGCGGUGGGCCGCCCCCCAUCCCCCCGCCCCCAGGAGCCUGUGCAGACCAAGGACGCUUUGUCUCUUGACACAAUAAAGUUUUUUUGGGGAUUGGUGA